AUGCCUGUAUCGAUUGGCGACGAGUAUUAUUCGUACUCGCCGCGGCCCUUUGUCGAGGCGUCGGCUGCAAUUGCCCCUCCAGCCUUGUCGUCCACGGCGCCUGCGGCUGUGGGGAUGUCGCCUCUUCCUGCACCUCGAUCUGCGCCGUCAUCUGUGACUCAGGCUGGCCCUGUCCUUGCUCCUGCUACGGCGCCCGUUCCCGUCGUGGCGUUGAUGUCUGCGUCUGCCGCGGGACCAGAUCAUGUGCCCGCGUCGUCGCCCGCUCCAGCGCUCGCCUUGGCGUAUGCUCCUGCGCCCGCUCCUGGGAUGGCUGCAGCGUCCGAUCCUGCGCACCCUCCUGCGCUCGCACCGAUGGUUCCAUCUGUCCCCGUGGGGAUGUCGGCGCCCUUGCCUGUAGUCGCGGCGUCGUCUGCUGCUGAUGGGGCAGCCUCCGUGCCGCCACCUACCGUUGCUACUGCGGACCCGACUUACCGGCCACCUCCAGCCACCAGCCUUGGCCUAAGCUCGGCGGAGGUUCAGUCGGCUCGCGCGUCGCCUCUGGUUACUCCUACUUCUCUGCCUGCGGCAGCACCAGCGCCGCCUCCGACUGUCCAGGCGGGUCCAUUUCCCGCACCCCUUGCUCCUAUUCCCCCUGCUCAACGUCAUCCGUCCCCUGGCCGUCGGCAGCAUCGGCCUCAUUCCCCUGUGCUGCGUGACGAGCGGGAGACGUCAAGGCGGCGGCACGAUUCUCAUCGGCACCGUGUUGUGUCUGACGCGUUGCGCGACAAACGGAACGGGCGGGCGAGCCUGAGCAAUUCGCCGCGCGUCGCUCCUGCGCCGGUGUCCCUUCCUCCGGCUGCGCCCUAUGCGCUUGCACCUCCUCUUCCCUCGUCGGCCGCUCCUCCUCCUCGUGCUCCCGUGGCAUCUGUUGCUGCUCCUGGGAACCGUCUGCGGAUGCCGUGGGUUCCUCCUGUGGCGGGCAUGGAGUUCGUGACUGCAGGCGGAGGGCCGGUGACGCCGCAGUAUCCGUCUCUACUGCAUAUGGCUCCUGCUUCUUCGGCAGCUGAUCCUCCAGUACAAUCACUGGUGGGGCCUUCUCCUUCGGCGGAUGUGCCUGAUGUGACUCUAGGGCAGCUUUGGCGCCUCUCUGCGGGUUUGUGGGCCGUUCACCUGAUCCAGGUGUAUUGUCACGCGGCGCUUUCUCGCGGCGUGCCUCUAGAAGGCGGCCCUCUGGACGAGUGCUCGGAUGCCGCUGAUUGGCUUGCCGAGCUCCUUGCGCCCGUGUUGGCUGCGCCCGCGCGGGGUGGAGUUGCGGGCGUUGGACAGCUUGGGACUGAGCUCCGUGGUCUGCGCCGUGUGAUGCGCGCAGCGACUGCAGUCGACCUGAUCGGCGCAACCACUGUGGUGGUGCGCGAGCUUCAUUGCUCGUUGACGGGGCUCCUUGCUGUUCUUGACGCGGAUCAGAUGUAG